UCGCAGGUCGAGGACCUCGCCAGCGGCGUCGUCUACUGCCAGAUCCUCAACACCGUCCACCCAGGGUCGGUGCAGAUGUCCAAGGUCAAGAUGGCUGCAAAGACAGAGGUGGACUACCUCCACAACUUCAAGUGCCUCCAGGCAGGAUUCAACCGGAAGAAGAUCAGCCAGCGCAUCGAGGUGGAGAAGCUGACCAAGCGCUCCUUCCAGUUCAACAUGGAGUUUGUGCAAUUCAUGAAGUGCUAC